AUGGUGCAGACAUCCACGGAGAGAGAGGCCAAGGGCCCCCAGGAUCAAUUCGAGCCCGGUCACAAGGUCCCUAUUCAACAUCAGGAGAAUCCCGGUCUGCAGAGCCAAAUUGGGAACCCCAAGCCCACUUCCACCAAGCUCCCCACCGAGGAUAAUGGCUAUCAAACCUACAAGGCCGCAGGCAAACUGGAGGGGAAGCGCGCGGUGAUCACCGGUGGAGAUUCGGGCAUUGGACGGGCCAUCGCCAUCCUCUUUGCGAUGGAGGGAGCCGACGUCUUGAUCACGUAUCUUCCAGAGGAGGAGUCGGACGCUCAGGAAACCAAGCGUCGGGUGGAGGAGACUGGACGGAAAGCACACCUUCUUGCGGUGGAUUUGCGUGAGAAGAAGAACUGCCAAAAGGUGGUCGACACGGCGUUGGAGACCAUGGGUGGCAUCGAUUCCUUGAUCAAUAACCAUGGGUAUCAGAAUAUGGUGGAGGACAUUAAGGAUUUGGACGAGGAUCAAUGGGAACGUACAUUUGAUACGAACAUCCAUCCCUUCUACUACUUGUCCAAAUAUGCUCUUCCCCAUAUGAAGCAGGGCUCCACCAUCAUCAACUGUGCCUCCAUCAACGCCUACAUUGGACGCCCCGACCUGCUCGACUACACAUCCACCAAGGGAGCCAUUGUCGCCUUCACCCGCGGUCUGUCCAACCAACAGAUCAAGAACGGAAUUCGCGUCAACUGUGUCUGCCCCGGACCAAUCUGGACUCCCUUGAUUCCGACUACCAUGAACAGCUCAGCUCAGGAUCAGUUCACUUCCCCCAUGGGUCGUCCGGGUCAGCCCAGCGAGGUUGCCACUUGCUUUGUCUUCUUGGCCAGUGCCGACUCAAGCUUUAUCUCGGGCCAGUCUCUGCAUCCCAACGGUGGUGUUGUGGUGAACGGCUAA